AUGCAGCACGUCCACCACCACAAGUCAUCCAAUAAGAGGAAACGCGAAUCUUCGGACCACACCGGUAGCGUGAGGCAGCCUGGCUCACGACAUGCACCUGCUUCCAACAACGUUCAUGGGAACGGACAAGAUACCUCGAGUUCCGCGCACGAUCCAUACUCCAAUGACUCGAAUAACCACGACUUUGCCAGCAUGUCUGAGCAGCUCUCUCGACACAUUGCCAAUGUCAAUGCCAAUGCGGCUCCCACUACAGCAGCUGCAGCACUUGCUGCGAGUAUGCCUCAAUUAACGGUACCGCAGCCCACGGACUUUUCAUUCUCUAACUCAGGCUCUGGCACGGAUCCGGACCGGCAAUUGGAUUCUUCGUUUGAUAUGGGCGGAGGGUCAGAUGAGGGUCAAGCCCAUCACACCCAAGGGACUCCAUACAACCUUGAUGCCUAUCAAGGUGGGGCUGCCGCACACGGACAGGAUGCGGAUAAUGGCGGGAAGCCCCCUGUAGGAUCAGAGGAGUGGCACAAAGUCCGAAGAGACAACCACAAGGAAGUGGAACGAAGACGUCGAGAAACCAUCAAUGAAGGCAUCAACGAGCUCGCAAAGAUAGUCCCGGGCUGCGAGAAAAACAAGGGCUCGAUAUUACAACGCGGCGUCGAGUACAUUACACAGCUGAAGGACAAUGAGACACGAAACAUUGAGAAAUGGACACUCGAGAAGCUGUUGACAGAUCAGGCCAUUUCGGAACUGAGCUCCAGUGUCGACAGAUUGAAAGACGAGCUACAACGCACGCAUGGAGAAGUUGCGCGUUGGAGGACGGCCUGUCAGAACGCAGGCUUGGAGCCGAAAGAUGAGGACGGUGGUGGCACUGACGACGGCGAAACCUGA